AUGGCAACAGAGACUACUGAAGAAGAACGAGAUGACCUUUUGGAGAACGUUAUUAAAUGCGCAAUAUGUUUAGACUAUUAUGGUGAUCCUCGUCUGUUGCCUUGUUCGCAUACAUUUUGUUUGAAAUGUAUUAAACAAACAGCCAAGAAUAAUCAUGGGUCAUUUCCAUGCCCUUUUCGUGAUGGUACAACAAUCCAAAAUACUGAUAUUGAUACAUUACCAAUUAUUAUUCAGUGCUAUGAAUGUGAAACACAAGUUGCUGAAGUUUGGUGUAGAGAUUGCCAUAAUAAUGGCUUCUGCUCAAAAUGCUAUGGGGAUCUUCAUAAAAAACGCACAUUAAAAGAUCACAGACCAGGUGAACCAAGACCUCCUAAAAUUUAUCAUUGUUCGGAUCAUCCGGAACGAGAAUUAGAAUACUGGUGUCCAGAAAAUGACAAAAUUUACUGUUCAAACUGCUUAGCUGACAAGAAAGAUACUCACAAAUGUGAAUUGAUUACUGAUGGUAUCAAAAAUAUAGCUGAUAGAAUGAGAAAAGCUUACAUUAUGCAUCCACUUUCAAUCAAUCCGAAGACCGAAAUAGACAAAAUGUUUGGCGAAUAUGAAAAAUGUUCAAACACGAAACGGGCAAACAUUGCCGAAGUAUUUGCAUAUAUGCGUAAAACGAUUGAUGAUUGUGAAAAAUCAAUGAAUGAAAAAUUAUCCGAGAGAAAAUACCGACAAUGUGUCGCAAAAUGA